AUAUUGGUUCCGAACCUCGCGGAGCCCGCAGCCCCCCGCCUGGCGACGCCCGGUCACGUGACCUGCGCCCCCCCUCCCAUGACGUGCGGGCUGCGGAUUGUCUCAGUCAAGCUGGGGCGACCUGCUGAGUGGCCGGCCUACCUGCGUCACCUGUGCGAUCGCGGUGCUGCCAUGGACCUGGGACCCAUGCGCAAGAGUUACCGAGGGGACCAAGAGGCCUUUGAGGAGACUCAACUAGCCUCCCUGGACCCCAUGAAGCAGUUUGCCAUCUGGUUUGAGGAGGCUGUCCAGUGUCCUGACAUAGGGGAAGCCAACGCCAUGUGUCUGGCCACCUGCACCAGGGACGGGAAACCCUCUGCCCGCAUGCUGCUGCUGAAAGGCUUCGGCAAGGAUGGCUUCCGCUUCUUCACCAACUUUGAGAGCCGCAAAGGGAAGGAACUGAACUCGAAUCCCUUUGCAUCUCUCGUCUUCUACUGGGAGCCCCUUAAUCGCCAGGUGCGUGUGGAGGGCACCGUGAAGAAGCUGCCCAAGGAGGAAGCCGAGAGCUACUUCCAUUCCCGCCCCAAGAGCAGCCAGAUCGGAGCUGUGGUCAGUCGGCAGAGUUCUGUGAUCCCCAAUCGAGAUUAUCUAAGAAAGAAAAACCAGGAACUGGAGCAGCUCUACCGGGAGCAAGAGGUGCCCAAGCCUGAGUACUGGGGUGGCUAUAUCCUGUGCCCGCAAGUGAUAGAAUUCUGGCAAGGCCAAACCAACCGCCUGCAUGACCGGAUUGUCUUUCGGCGCAGUAUGCCCACGGGAGAGAUGGCAUUGGGGCCCAUGACCCACAAGGGGGAGGAAGGCUGGCUUUAUGAGAGACUGGCCCCUUGACCUUGAUCGCAGCCCUGCUGGCCACUGGUGAGGCUGAGGGAAGGGAGCUGAGCCCCUUGGGAACUGACCCUCCUCCCCACCCUGGUACCCAAGCCUCAGCCCUCUGCUGGCUCCCCGUCAACUGCUAGAGUGAGUGUGACAGUGCCUCAGAGGAUGACAGAGGGUGACCGGUGGGAAAUGGCAACAUCCAAAUAACCUUCUUGACCUCA